UGCAGCGUGCGGUGUGAGGGGCGGGACCCGGCUGCCUGCGUAGGGUCUAGCUGGGGGAAGUUGGGCCAUGCUGGUGGGCCAGGGCGCGGGGCCGCCGGGGCCCGCGGUGGUCGCCGCCGCGGUGGUGCUGCUGCUGAGCGGCGUGAGGCAGGCGCACGGCCCGGAGGACAUCGUGGUGGGCUGCGGUGGCUUCAUCAAAUCGGACGUUUAGAUCAACUACACGCUCAUCGAGAUAAAGCUGUACACCAAGCAUGGGACUUUGAAAUACCAGACAGACUGUGCCCCUAAUAAUGGUUACUUUAUGAUCCCUUUGUAUGAUAAGGGGGAUUUCAUUCUGAAGAUUGAGCCUCCCCUAGGGUGGAGUUUUGGAUGUCCUGGGCUGCAAUGUCUCACCAGUGCCUGGGUUCCAGCCCCAAGACGAGAGUCUGGUGUAUUUGUGCUACACGGUCUCCAGAGAAGAUGGCUCAUUCUCCUUCUAUUCAUUGCCAAGUGGGAGCUACACUGUGAUUCCGUUCUAUCGAGGGGAGAGGAUUACCUUUGAUGUGGCACCUUCCAGACUUGACUUCACAGUGGAGCAUGACAGCCUGAAAAUCGAGCCCAUGUUCCACGUCAUGGGAUUCUCCGUCACCGGGAGGGUCUUCAACGGACACGAAGGAGAUGAUGUUCCAGAAGCAGUAGUCACCCUGAAUAACCAAAUCAAAGUUAAAACAAAAGCUGAUGGCUCAUUCCGCCUUGAGAACAUAACCACAGGGACAUACACCAUCCAUGCUCAGAAAGAGCACCUCUACUUUGAAAUGGUCACCAUCAAAAUUGCACCGAACACACCUCAGCUGGCUGACAUUAUUGCAACAGGGUUCAGUGUCUGUGGUCAGAUAUCAAUCAUUCGCUUCCCCGACACCGUCAAGCAGAUGAGUAAAUACAAAGUUGUCCUGUCAUCUCAAGACAAGGACAAGUCUUUGGUCACCGUGGAGACGGAUGCUCAUGGAUCAUUUUGUUUUAAAGCAAAACCAGGGACUUACAAAGUUCAGGUGAUGGUUCCUGAGGCAGAGACCAGAGCAGGGCUGACAUUGAAACCCCAGACAUUUCCUCUUGCUGUGACCGACAGGCCCGUGAUGGAUGUGGCCUUUGUACAGUUCUUGGCAUCAGUUUCUGGGAAAGUCUCUUGUUUGGACACCUGCGGUGACUUGCUGGUGACUCUACAGUCCCUGAGCCGCCAGGGUGAGAAGCGGAGCCUCCAGCUCUCCGGCAAGGUCAACUCCAUGACUUUCACCUUUGACAACGUGCUCCCUGGAAAAUACAAAAUAGGCAUCAUGCAUGAGGAUUGGUGCUGGAAGAACAAGAGCCUGGAGGUGGAAGUGCUAGAGGAUGACGUGUCUGCAGUUGAGUUCAGGCAGACGGGCUACAUGCUGAGAUGUUCCCUGUCUCACGCCAUCACUCUGGAAUUUUAUCAGGAUGGAAAUGGACGUGAGAAUGUGGGGAUUUAUAACCUCUCCAAAGGAGUCAACCGAUUCUGCCUGUCCAAGCCUGGUGUGUACAAAGUGACCCCUCGCUCCUGCCACCGGUUUGAGCAAGCGUUCUACACCUAUGACACGUCUUCACCUAGUAUCUUGACAUUGACAGCCAUUCGCCACCAUGUCCUUGGAACUAUCACCACCGACAAAAUGAUGGAUGUCACUGUGACUAUCAAUUCGUCCAUUGACAGUGAACCCGCCUUGGUCUUAGGCCCUCUGAAGUCUGUGCAGGAGCUGCGGAGGGAGCAGCAGCUGGCGGAGAUCGAGGCCCGCAGGCAGGAGAGGGAGAAGAACGGCAAAGAGGAAGGCGAAGGAAGAAUGACCAAGCCUCCCGUGCCGGAGAUGGUAGAUGAGUUACAAGGCCCCUUCUCAUAUGAUUUCUCUUACUGGGCACGGUCUGGAGAGAAAAUCACUGUUACACCAUCAUCUAAAGAGCUGCUCUUUUAUCCCCCUUCAAUGGAAGCCGUUGUCAGUGGAGAAAGCUGCCCAGGGAAGCUGAUUGAGAUCCACGGGAAGGCAGGCCUGUUUUUAUAAGGCCAGAUCCACCCCGAGUUGGAAGGAGUCGAGAUUGUCUUCAGUGAAAAGGGGGCAAGUUCACCCCUGAUCACAGUCUUUACUGAUGACAAAGGUGCCUACAGUGUUGGCCCCCUGCACAGUGACCUGGAGUACACGGUGACCUCACAGAAGGAGGGCUAUGUUCUGACUGCGGUGGAAGGAACCAUCGGAGACUUCAAGGCCUAUGCCCUGGCAGGCGUAAGCUUUGAGAUAAAAGCUGAGGAUGACCAGCCGCUCCCGCGAGUCCUAUCCCUGAGCGGUGGCCUGUUUCGUUCCAACCUCUUGACCCAGGACAACGGCAUUCUGACAUUCUCAAACCUGUUUUACUCUUGUUGCCCUGGCUGGAGUGCAAUGGCGUGUCCUCAGCUUACUGAAACUCUGCCUCUUGGGUUCAAGUGAUUCUUCUGCCUCAACCUCCUGAGUAGCUGAGGGAGGUGUCUUCAGGCUCAGGGAAUUAUCAUCUGGAGAAGGUGGAAGAGGUACGAAAAAAGAGUCGGGAGGUGUCUUGCGUCUCCUAAAAUCAUCAGCUCCAUGAAAUGAUACAGGUCCCCGGCAACACUUCACGGGCGGUUUCUGUGGUGUCAGAAAAUCAUGAAGUGCAGAAGGUGGAAGAGGUACCAGAAGCCACCCGGGAGGUGUCUUAAGGCUCAGAGAAUCAUCAGCUGGAGAAGGUGGAAGAGAUAUGAAAAAAGAGUUGGGAGGUGUCUUGCGUCUCCUAAAAUCAUCAACUCAAGAAGAUGGUAAAGGUCCCCGGCGACAGUCGAUGGGAGGUGUCUCUGGUGUCACAAAAUCAUCUACUGGAGAAGGUGGAAGAGGUACCAGAAGACACUCGGGAGGUGUCUUGAGGCUCAGAGAAUCAUCAGCUGGAGAAGGUGGAAGAGGUACAAAAAAAGAGUCAGGAGGUGUCUUGUGUCUCCUAAAAUCAUCAGCUCGAAGAAAUACAGGUCUCCGGCGACACUCAACGGGCGGUUUCUGUGGUGUCAGAAAAUCAUGCACUGGAGAAGGUAGAAGAGGUACCAGAAGACACUCGGGAAGUGUCUUGAGGCUCAGAGAAUCAUCAACUGGAGAUGGUGGAAGAGGUACAAAAAAAGAGUCGGGAGGUGUCUUUCUCCUAAAAUCAUCAGGUCAAGAAGAUGGUACAGGUCCCCGGCGACACUCGAUGGGAGGUGUCUCUGGUGUCACAAAAUCCUCAACUGGAGAAGGUGGAAGAGGUACCAGAAGACACUCGGGAGGUGUCUUGAGGCUCAGAGAAUCAACUACCAGAGAAGGUGGUAGAGGUACGAAAAAAGAGUCGGGAGGUGUCUUGCGUCUCCUAAAAUCAUCAGGUCAAGAAGAUGGUACAGGUCCCCAGCGACACUCGAUGGGAAGUGUCUCUGGUGUCACAAAAUCAUCAACUGGAGAAGGUGGAAGAGGUACCAGAAGACACUCGGGAGGUGUCUUGAGGUUCAGAGAAUCAACUACCGGAGAAGGUGGUAGAGGUACGAAAAAAGAGUCGGGAGGUGUCUUGCGUCUCCUAAAAUCAUCCACUCAAGAAGAUGGUGCAGGUCCCCGGUGACACUCGAUGGGCAGUUUCUGUGGUGUCAGAAAAUCAUCCACUGGAGAAGGUGGAAGAGGUACGAGAAGACACUCGGGAAGUGUCUUGAGGCUCAGAGAAUCAGCUGGAGAAGCCCGAAGAGAUACGAAAAGACCCUCUGGAGGUGUCUUGAGUCUCAGAAAAUCAUCAGCUGGAGGAAGUUGUUCCGGUCCCAGGGGACAGUCAACAGGAGGUGUCUGUGGUCUCAGAAUCAUCAACUGAAGAAGGUGGAAGAGGUACCAGAAGACAGUCGGGAAGUGUUUUGAGGCUCACAAAAUCAUCAGCUGGAGGAAAUAGUACAGGUCCCGGGUGACACUCGACUUGAGGUGUCUCUCUUCUCAGAAAAUCAUUACUUGUAGAAUGUGGUUGAGGUCCUACUGGACACUGUAGUCGAGAAAGAGUCAGAGGUCUCAGACAACCUUUAGCUGAUGGAAGUGGUUGACCUCCCAGAUGACACUGAGUUGGAGGAGGUGCCUGGCGGCCCAUCAUUUUUCUUAGAGCUUCAGCUGUGAGGUAGGGCCAGUAGGGCAAUCCUGAGGAAUGAUGAUGCUCCACUGCAGCCAUUCUGACCUGUGGGGCCGAAGGAGGAAAUGUUUUCACACAUAUUGAUUUGAUGGACAAAAUUACCACCACCAACACAGGCUGCACCUUCUGUUGCUGGUGAUAGAUUUUUGCACCUUUCCAUCCUCCACGUUUCAAAAUAGCAGUAUCAGUGUCAUAAUAUCACCCUUCCAGUGAGUACUGCCGAUAGCUGGGGGGUAAAGUCAUUGGGACACACUGCUGUCUCCACAUGCCACUGUGUCUGUCUGCAAAUGUAGGCAGGCUGGGGUCCUGCCCCAGGGAAGACAGAGUCAUAACAGAGUAAUAAGAAGCAUGUUUGAGACACAAGAGUGUGUAUGUCUAUCCUCAUUCCUUCCUCACAGCCAUCACCAGAGCAUGUUUCCUGCACCAGGUCAACAGAGAGUAAGAGAGGCAUGAAAAGCCCAUUGUCCACACGUGUUGCAACUUCUUUUUGGAGAAUGUUUUCCAGGCCUUUUUUGUUCUGUGUCUGAUUCUCAGAACUCUGCAAGGUCAGUAUGACCACCCUGCUCCAAAUCUAAGAAAACAGAGGUUUCCAGAGGAAGGAGAAAUUGUGCCCAGGGUCACACAGCUUGCAAGAGGCAGAGUGGAAGUUGAUUCCAGCUCUGCCUGCAGGACCGUCUGAUUUCCCCUCUGUUUCCCUUCUUGACAAAGGAUCUUCUUCACUCUGGAGGUGCCACCCGUGAGAACAAAGAGCUCUGGAGAGAUGUGGAUUCCUGAAGAGCUGCAGGGGAACUGGGAGAGGGUUUUCUGACAGAACGAUCUUACCUCUAGAAGUCAGUCAGGCAUGACUGUAAUAUUUCUUUUCACUCCCAGGUAAUACCAAAUUGUAAGUGCACUAGGACAUAAAGAAUACUUUUGUCCAUGGAAAAAUGAGGUGGGAAUUCUAAACAAAGCAAGUUUUAAAACUGUGUUUCACUUCAAGUGUACAAGUCCCAUCAUGUGUAAUCAUAGGCCUCGGCAGCUUUUUAAGGUACAGAGGCCACACAAGACCCAGCUUAGCUGAACAUCAUUUAAGGCCUUCAUUUGGAAUUGUCCCUCUGGGUAAUAAGUUACAUUCACUCUUCAAUAAUUUACAGUCAGGGCCUAUUUGCUGUUACAAAUAUGGAACCUCUGACACUUAGAAUAUUAGAUCAGGGGCCUCACUGGGUGGGGAUGAAGGUGUUUUUGCACAACAGGGUCACCAACAGGGAUGGGACUGUGAUGAACUAUGGAAUUGGCCUUGUCAAAGAGCAUUCAAAAUUGCACAGAGCACAAAUUAAUGUUAGAUUAAUGCGUUUUCACUAUUUUCACUUCUGGGAAUACAGCAGAUAUUUCGAACGUUAAUCACCUACAUUAUAGCAGAAUGCAAACAAUCACAGCAAAAGAAAGAAAAUCCUACGUAUUUUGGAAAUGAGACCCCACAACAUCUUGGGUAAAGUGGAUCAGUCAGAGUUCACUGCGCCAUGAGACCUAGAGUAGUGGAGGUCAGUGGUGCCUCCUUGUGUUAUUUCUGGAAACAGAACAGUAAAAGCCCUUCAGCCCUCGGUCCCUGAGCUUUUGUGGAUUCUGGAGGUGCCACCAAUGAUGAUCAGCUGGAAUGGAGAAGCCUGAAAGCUCAUGGGGACGAUUUUGCUUCUCAAGAAGUCGAGACAGAAAAGGCACCACAGAACCCACAGAGCAGAGGCCAGGCCAGGAGAGGGCGUUGUCGGAAAAGACCAAAGUGUCCUGAUAUAGGAAGAGUGAAAAUGUCCCCAGCGUUUCCCUUUGUCUUCUGUUUUCAGCUGGGACGCAGCUGCUGUUCCUUAUCGGAACCAAAUGAGGUCCUGAAUCUGCUAAGGGCCAGAGAAGGGAAUGGGGCUAAAUCUGGGUUGCAUCUUCUUUGCAGAAUAAGAAACCCUCCACACCCUCCGCUGCCAUCUCACUCCCUGCCACACAGGUCCGUUACCAGAGGCACAGGGUUUAUUGACCACAUGCCUCAGAAGACUCUGGAGCCCUCUGGACCCUCAUCCUUGUGGAAGAUACCAGAGAGCCCUGGUCCAGGGGUAUUCUUAACUCUCAACAGGCUGUGAACAGGGUGGGCUCUAACCAGCUGGAAAUGAGCUCUAAAUCAGUACAUAUCAGAGGAAAUCGCUCAUCAUGUGAGCACAGAGUCAAAAUAGGAACAGCCAUGGUUGGAAGAAUAUCAAUAAACCCUGGACAGGAACAGCACUGCUCCUCUUCAAGCCAUAGGGACAUUUAAAAUUCUGUGGAUUCAUAGUUAAUCUAACUUUCAUACCUGGCCAGGUAUUAUCAAUACUUAGACGAAAAGUGAAAGGCAGAGACUACUAUAAUGUCCAUGAAGGGUGGCUAGAGUCACCUUCAUUAUAGCCCAGCAGAGACAGGGAAAGGAAGGAGUUGUGAGCAGAGUUUGGGGCCUCAAACAGUGGGGGUUAUUCGUGCAGCCCAGGAAAGGCUCCCCAAAGCCAGGAGCAACCUCCCUUGCAGGCCAGUCCCUCAUGGAGGCAUGGCCAGGCACCUUAGAUUUGAGACCAGCUGUGUUGCUGCUGACCAGCUGAGUGACCCUGGGCUGAUUUCCUUCCAUACAAUGGGAGUGCCAAUGGCUGCGUGCAAAGACUGAGGAUAGGAGGAAGCAAUCUGUUGAGCACCCGUGUACCUGAGUGUCAUCACCUCCCAAGGGCAUCUUUUGUUCCAGAACUGGCACCUUGGCCCUUGGCCACUAAAGGCAGUGAUGAUGGUAACAGCAGUAAAUCAUCAUUUACAGCUGAUGAGGGAAGGCCAGGGGUAGGGCUCCUGGGUCCUGGAUAAGAAUGAGGGUGUGGGCACUCCUGGGGACAGCUGAGUGGUAGGAUUCCUGGGUCCUCAGGGGGCAGUUCCAUCUUCAGUGGCAUUGGGCCUAGGCUGGGAUGCUGAGUUCACCACUGGAGCAUCAGCAGUACAGGCAGGCACAGAGGCAGUGGAUCCAUCGGAGGUGGCAGGUGUAGGAUCCUCUGGUGAGCAAGUAGAGUCACCAAGCCUGGCUGACCACUACCCCCACAGAUGAUGCCCUGUCCCUUGCCUCAUGCUCCGGCAGGGUACAGGCUCACACCUGGGGCCUCAUGGAGCAUCUCUCUAAAACCUCUGUGUCUUGGUCAUCGAAUGGGCACUUGAGUCACCCAGGGCCAUUGGAACAAAGAGGAAGAAUCAGGCCCCACGAUGUUUUGGGAGAGUGUUUAGCACAGGAAAAUGCACAGAAUACAUGCAUGACAUGGGGGCACUGUCGGUGUGGGAGCAAUAGUUUACAACCUCCAGCCCUAAUCUGAGCACUCUCACCUGUGCAAUCUGAAAGGAACAGGAGACUUGCAGGAAAGAUAGUGCCUGGAUUUAACUUAAAGGAACUAAAAUGUUGGAAUUUUCACUCUUGAUAUCCUUCCAAAUCAACUCUUUGAAUGUUCCCAUCCUCAAAACUAUCAUAUGGGGUAACUGAGGCAGUCUGAUUUACUGACUCAAUGUCACUCGUUUGAUUCUGAGUUCACUGCUGAUUACAUCUGACCCAACUGCUUUUUUGAAGUGUACCCCGUUUAAUCAUGUUGGUGAUGAUUUAGUGCAGCUCUGGGACAAACUUCACCUGGUUGAGGAUAAAGCAAAUCCGCUGUUUGUAACAAGGAGUUAGUAACAAGGAGGCCUGGUGACCGCCUAAGUGUCCAGUCACGGGGACCACCGGGUCAAGGCCGAGAGGAUGGAGACCGCGUCACAGGCACCUCGCUGCUGAAAUGGAGGGUGGUAGGGAAAACUUAGAAGAUUAUGCAAUGGGCUGGCAGGGCUGUACCCAGCCGCCCUGGUACGCAGAGACUCAAGAAACCUCUGGGGUCCUGUUUUCUGGUCGUGUGAUCCCAGGAGUGCACAUGGGCCCCUCAUGUGUCUGAAUAGAAGGGCACUGGAGGGAGGGCCGAAACCCCUGCAGUCUUACUCUGCUGGUGUAGCGGUCACCUGCCAACUCCCACCCCACCCUGCACCGCGGGCUCCUGAGUCGGCAGAUUAAGCAUUUUAUAAAUUGUAUUUUAAAUACAUGUUUUAAACUUGUCA